GUCUUGACUGGUGCUGGCGGUACAGAACGCUGUGAUGACUGGGGUGUGGACACCAUGAAGCAGAUCCAGAUCUAUGAUGGGGAACCUGCCAAGAUCAAAUGCCCACUUUUUGAGACCUUCUUGAAGUACAACUACAGCACGGCCCAUUCUGCUGGCUUAACCCUGAUCUGGUACAGGAUCGGGCAGGAUCGGGAUCUGGAGGAGCCCAUUAAUUUUCGUCUCCCGGACAAUCACAUCAGUAAGGAGAAAGACACCCUUUGGUUCUGGCCUGCUUUUCUAAAUGACACUGGGAAUUAUACGUGCAUGCUCAGAAAUACAACCUACUGCAGCAAAGUUGCAUUUCCCUUGGAGGUUGUUCCAAAAGACCAACACUCUUGUGUGAGCCAUUCAAUAAAACCCACUGAGGAGAUGUUCUACUUGGAGCAUGCCAAUGAGAAGAUCGUAUGUCCAGAUAUUGAUGGGUUUUAUCCUGCUAGUGUAAUACCAACUGUCAAGUGGUAUUUGAACUGCAACUUGGUGGAUGGCUUCUAUGAGCGAUACCCCCAAGGGCCCAGGCUUGUCAUCGCCAUUGUCCGCAGUGCGUAUAAAGGGAAUUACACUUGUAUUGUGACAUUCAAGGACCAUGGAAGAACCUAUAAUCUCACCAGAACCAUAAACAUGAAGGUGGUAGGAUCUCCGAACAAGGCCUUGCCACCACAAUUCAACUCUCCAAAUGAGAAAGUUGUCUACGAACUGGAAACAGGAGAUGACCUUGUUCUAUCCUGUGAGGUCUUUUUCACGUUUCUGAAGGACUCCCGGACAGAGGUGUGGUGGACCAUAGAUGGGAAAACCACAGAUGACAUCACAGACUCCAAGAUAAAAGUCACACAAAGUGAAAUUACUAGAGAUUUUGAAGACAAAACUGUUACAAGGACACUAACUGUUGCAAAAGCCACACCAGAGGACUUGAAACGGAAUUAUACUUGCUAUGCCAGAAACGCCAAAGGCGAGGACCAUAGCCAGGCCAUAGUGCGCAUGAAAG